CUGAGCAAACCACUAUCCCACUGAGCUCUGCCUAGUGUAUCUGACAUUCACAGUUGUAAGGGCAAGAGAGUCUUCAUCGAUGACUGAUCCCUAGAGAAGGUAGAAAUAUCUAAACAAAGACAGUGGCCCCCUCUGACUAUCAGUUUUUGUUUCUAAGGCUUACUUUUUUUUUAAUUAUUUAUUUUAUGUAUAUGAAUACACUGUGAACCUUCAUGUGGUUGUUGGAAAUUGAAUAUUAGGACCUCUGCUUGCUCUGGUCCACCCUGCUCACUCCAGUCAGUCCUGCUUGCUCUAGUAACUCCUCUGACUCCAGCCUAAAGACUUAUUUAUUAUUAUACAUAAGUACACUGUAGCUGACUUCAGAUGCAUCAGAAGUUGCGUCAGGUCUCGCUACAGAUGGUUGUGGGCCACCGUGUGGUUGCUGGGAUUUGAACUCAGGACCUUCGGAAGAGCAGUCAGUGCUCUUACCCACUAAGCCAUCUCGCCAGCCCCUAAGGCUUACUUUUAAGUAUGUGGACUUGAGUGUAUCUUAGCUGGGGUGGGGUGAGGAGUGAUGGAUGUGAGCGCAGGUGCCUUGGGAGAGCAGAAGAGGGUGUUGGAUCCCUUGGUGCUGGAGCUCCAGGCAGUUGUAUCUUUAGUAAGUAAGCCACCUGACAUGGCUGCUAGGAAGGGAAGCCAGGUCCCCUGCAGGAGCACAACCAGCUCUUAUCCCUGAGCCAUCUCUCCAGCCCCUCUGCUAGCUCUUAAUCCUUUCAUUGUCUGCCUCCAGCGCGAUCACGGUUUCCUGGAAGGCGAGGCCUUUGUGCUGAUAGAGCAGCAACAGACAGACUCAGUCUCCAGGGAGCCCUCCUCCCCUAGGGGAAGCGGGCGGAGGCAGGCACCUUCAUUUGGUCCUUAAGCUAGAGAAGAGAGAGGACAGGAAGGAGACCAGGUCAUGGAGAGUGCCCUCCACUCUUAGUAGGGCCAUUAAGGUUGGAGGGAGGGGAGGGGCUUCCUGCUACUGAUGCCAGUGGCCCUCUUGGCUUUGCUUUCUCUCUGCUUAAGGAGGUAAGCACUUGAACUCUGACUUUAAAGCAGGAGGUGUGGGUGGGCAUCGUCCUUAUCUCUGAAGAUGGGUUUCUAUGUAGCAUGGCACUUGGACUCAGUGGGGGCUCCCCUGGGAAUGUCAGAGCCUCACUACUUUAUGGCCUCCUUUAUCACACGACUGUGUUUUUGUCAAGUCUGUAAUCCUGGCUCUCCAAGGUGACCCAGGACCACCAUCUAUGUGGAUAUCUGUUUCAAUUUCCUGGGCUAGAAAGGAUGAGACUGGAUUAUGUGGCAGCUCUUACUCUAAGGUUCCACGUCUUAUAGGAACCCCGGGAUGACAGUAAAUCUAGGUGUUCACGAAUCAAGAGCCUUCUGACUCUUGCAGUAAGAGGCUUACUGCUGGCCUGCAGGAGGAUUUAUUCAGACCUUGAUCUUGGCUAGCCAAGCGUGCCGUAGUACAGUAGGUUAAUAUCAGAGGCCUCUGGGUGAGAUGCAUUGCUCUCCCUAGGGGAGCACAGAAUGUCCCCCAAUGGCUGGUUUCCUUCCCUAGGUCAUUCGGGGAGUUGAAAGGGGAAGACAAUCGAGGGACCUUUCCCUUCUGGCUAGUGGCUGCAUUCCUGUAGCCUCUUUGUACCAUCAUAGCCUUUUCCCUGUUAUUCAAUGAGGGUUUUGCACUCUGUAGACCACUGCCUACUUCUGUCUCCCCGGUUCUGGGAUUAAAAAUGUGAACCACCAUGCCCAGCCUGCUCGGUUCAUUAAAGUCUUCCCUGCUAUUAGAAAGCCUGUCUCAAGAGGAUUGUUCUGAGCAGCCAAGAGACACUUGGGAGAUAAGGAGGGUGGGAGAAUGGGUCUAGGGAUUCGGGUGAGGGCCCUGUGGCCCUGUGCUGGCUUGUGUUGAGAUAAGGCUGGGCUAGCCUCAGCCCUGGCUGCCUCAAGCCUCUGUACAGGACCCCUACUGACCUAGAAUUUGUGUGUAUUUAAAUGCUGAUUGUUGCUGGGUUUCUCUCUAGUUUACAGGCUGAUUAAUACUGUUGGGACUAUAAAGUCCUCAGCAAAACAGGAAGGGGUAAACUUUUUUUCUUGUGCCUCUAAAAAUAAUUUAUUAAGGGUGGAGGUGGUGGCAUGAGCCUUUAAUCCCAGCAUUUGGGAAGCAGAGGCAGAUCUCUGAGUUCAAGGCCAGCUUAGUCUACAAGAGUGAAUUCCAGGUCAGAGCUGCACAAGAAAAUCCUGUUUUAAAAAAACAUUAAUAAUAAUUAAUAAUUUUUAAAAAUUGAGCCAGGCAUGGUGACUCAUACCUCCAAUUCCAGCAGGCAAAAAGCUGAGACUGAGAGAUUGUCACAGAUUAAGGUAUAGUGAGUUCCAGGCAGUCUGGGUUACAUAAAAACUGAAAGUAAAGGGAGAAGAGCUGGUGGUGUGUUAUGAGCCUGCAGUACCAACAGUUAGGAAGGAGAGGCAAGAUCAGGAGUCUAAGGUUGUCCUUAGCUACAUGGUGAGUUCAAGGCCAGCCCCAGUUACAUGAAAUCCUGCUUAAAAACCAGCAGCUGGGGCUCGAAGUAAGGCUCAGAGGUUAACGGCACUUACAGAUCUUGCAGAGGACUUGGUUAGUUCCCAGCACUGAUGUGGCAGAUGGCUCACAUCUGCUCAUAACUAGUUCUGGAGGAUCCGAUUCCAUUUUCUGGUCUCCACAGGCAUUGCACAAGGAGUACACAAUAAACAUACAUGUAGCCAGAACACUUAUACACGCAUUAAAAAUAAAUAAAAAUUAAAAAAUUGUUGCGUGUGGUGACGUAUGCCUUUUUUCCCAGCACUUGGGCGGCAGAGGCAGGCACAUCUCUGUGAUGUUGCUGUCAACCUGGUCUGUACAGCAUGGUGCUUGUCAGCCAGAGCUACAUAGUGAGUCUCUGUCUCAAAAAGACAAACAAGAGACCGGAGAGAUGGCUCCGCUUAAGAGCACUGGCUGGUUUUCUAGAGGACCUGAGUCUAAUUCCCAGAACCCACAUGACUGUGCACAACCAGCUGUUAGCUCCAGUUUCAGGGGAUUCGACGCCCUCUCUGGCUUCCGUGGGCACCAGGCAAACGUGAUUUACAGACAUACCUAAGAGACAAAACACCUAUACAUGUAAGAGAAAUUAAUUAAUUAAUGACAAAUUUGAAACAAAAGAAUGACAAAUACCUUAUUGAGUAUGCAGACCACGGAGUACGUUAUGGAGGACUCCUGAAUCUGUAGCGUAGCUGGGACACUUAGCUUGCCCUGUGAGAACUCUCAGGCAUCUUCCGCCGUGGGCCCUUUUCUGUCUGAGGACUCCUUCUCUGUUCACCGUGGGACUAUUCUCUGGCCACGCGGGUCUCGUUAGACAGUUGUCAUUCCGUCUGCUGCUUCCUUCUAGAAAAACUGAGGAAAGAGUGCCACCCUCUUCAGCCGACAUACCAAGGCCAUCGUGUGGGGCAUGCAGACCCGGGCUGUGCAGGGCAUGCUGGACUUUGACUACGUGUGUUCCCGAGACGAGCCCUCAGUGGCUGCCAUGGUCUACCCUUUCACUGGGGAUCACAAGCAGAAGUUUUACUGGGGACACAAGGAAAUCCUGAUCCCUGUCUUCAAGAACAUGGCUGACGCCAUGAAGAAGCACCCGGAGGUAGACGUGCUGAUCAACUUUGCGUCUCUGCGGUCCGCUUACGACAGCACCAUGGAGACCAUGAACUAUGCCCAGAUCCGCACCAUAGCCAUCAUAGCAGAAGGUAUCCCUGAGGCCCUCACACGGAAGCUCAUCAAGAAGGCCGACCAGAAGGGAGUGACCAUCAUUGGGCCAGCUACGGUUGGGGGCAUUAAGCCUGGAUGCUUUAAGAUCGGGAAUACUGGUGGAAUGCUGGACAACAUCCUGGCCUCCAAACUGUACCGCCCAGGCAGCGUGGCCUACGUCUCACGUUCAGGAGGCAUGUCUAAUGAACUCAAUAACAUCAUCUCUCGGACCACAGAUGGUGUCUAUGAGGGCGUGGCCAUCGGCGGGGACAGGUACCCUGGGUCCACAUUCAUGGAUCACGUGCUGCGCUACCAGGACACUCCAGGAGUCAAGAUGAUCGUAGUUCUUGGGGAGAUAGGGGGCACAGAGGAAUAUAAGAUCUGCCGGGGCAUCAAGGAGGGCCGCCUCACCAAGCCAGUGGUCUGCUGGUGUAUCGGGACCUGUGCCACCAUGUUCUCCUCCGAGGUCCAGUUUGGCCAUGCUGGAGCUUGUGCCAACCAGGCUUCUGAAACUGCAGUAGCCAAGAACCAGGCCUUGAAGGAAGCAGGAGUGUUUGUGCCCCGAAGCUUCGAUGAGCUUGGAGAAAUCAUUCAGUCUGUGUAUGAAGAUCUGGUGGCCAAAGGAGCCAUUGUACCUGCCCAGGAAGUGCCACCUCCAACAGUGCCCAUGGACUACUCUUGGGCCAGAGAGCUGGGUUUGAUCCGAAAACCUGCCUCAUUCAUGACCAGCAUCUGUGAUGAGCGAGGGCAGGAGCUCAUUUAUGCGGGCAUGCCCAUCACCGAGGUCUUCAAGGAGGAGAUGGGCAUCGGUGGUGUCCUCGGCCUCCUCUGGUUCCAGAGAAGGUUGCCCAAGUAUUCCUGCCAGUUCAUUGAGAUGUGUCUGAUGGUCACAGCUGAUCACGGGCCAGCUGUCUCUGGAGCCCAUAACACCAUCAUCUGUGCUCGGGCUGGGAAGGACCUGGUCUCCAGCCUCACCUCAGGGCUGCUCACCAUUGGAGACCGGUUUGGGGGUGCCUUGGAUGCCGCAGCAAAGAUGUUCAGUAAAGCCUUUGACAGCGGCAUCAUUCCCAUGGAGUUCGUCAACAAGAUGAAGAAGGAGGGGAAGCUGAUCAUGGGCAUCGGCCAUCGAGUAAAAUCGAUAAACAACCCAGACAUGCGAGUGCAGAUCCUCAAGGACUUCGUCAAACAGCACUUCCCCGCCACCCCGCUGCUCGACUAUGCCCUGGAAGUGGAGAAGAUUACCACCUCCAAGAAGCCAAAUCUUAUCCUGAAUGUGGACGGCUUCAUCGGCGUUGCGUUUGUGGACAUGCUCAGGAACUGUGGCUCCUUCACCCGGGAGGAAGCUGAUGAAUAUGUUGACAUUGGAGCCCUCAAUGGCAUCUUUGUGCUAGGAAGGAGUAUGGGCUUCAUUGGGCACUACCUUGACCAGAAGAGGCUGAAGCAAGGGCUGUAUCGUCACCCCUGGGAUGACAUUUCCUAUGUUCUUCCAGAACACAUGAGCAUGUAACUGAGCCAGGAGCCCUACUGUAGGAAAAGGAAGACAAAAACCCCCUCCUCAACAAUAUAGUGGACAGAUAGCUGGAAGCAGAGUCCAGUAUAGGCUGGGCCUGGAGCGGAAAUAGCCAUUGAUGUGCAGGCAUGGAAGGCCGACACCCACAGGCCCAUUCAGUCCACACAAAGAAGCUUAGUAUUUUUUUUAUAUAUCUCUCUAUAUAUAAGCAUAGAAAUUUAAAACCAAGCCAAUACCUGUGACAUUUGCUCUGCUACCUGCUGUAUCUAUUAUAUGGAAAAGUCUCAGCAAGCACUGUCAGAAUAGUGUUCUUCUAGGGCCUUAUGAUGUUGCUUUCUUUUUUUUAAUUAGUUAAAAAAUUUAUUUUUCCUCUAGAGGAAGGGAAUGCAAGUUUUAAGAUUUUAAGAUACUAUCUGUAGGACCACUGUCUGGUAUCCCAUUUCCCGUUCAGCUUCACACAACGUGAAGAACACUGUAUUAAUCUGAUUUUUAAGGAUCUUUUUUUUUUCUAUGUUAUGUGUUAAGGGUUUAUUUAGUAUCCCACUGAAAUGUUCCAUGUUACAGACCAGUGUCUACUUAUGUCAAGGGGAGGAGGGCUGGGACCAUUGUAUCCUUAGCCAUUGUUGCACAUGUGGUGUAGUAACUUAAAUGUCAAGUUGUAACAUACAAGUGUUUAAAAUGGAAACGCAAAGCAAAAAGCUGUGAAAUGUCUUGUGUCAGUGUCCUCUGUGUUCAUGCAGCCGACUUGUCUGUUACUGAAGUGUGGGUCCAAAGACUCACAGCUGUUCUGCAUCUGUAACCCACAAAGAUUCUGGGCAGCUGCCACCUCAGUCUCUUCUCUGUGUUAUCUAUCAUGUUUGCUUUAAAUAAACUAGAUAGUAACAAUGG